AUGAGAACAACAAACGUAAGCAGCUUCUAUGGUCUUACCAAACAGGCUCUCUAUUCCUUGUUCUCAAAAACCCUGUCUUCAACUAAAACCAAGACCCAACUACACAAGCUCCACUCACUCCUAAUCACCCUAGGAUUACACCACUCCCUCUUCUUCUCCGGCAAACUCAUAUCCAAAUACUCCAAUCUCAAACACCCCUCUUCUUCCCUCUCAGUUUUCCGCCAUUUCCGCCCCAAACACAGCCCCUAUCUCUGGAAUUCAAUCAUCAGAGCCCUCACCCAUAAUGGCCUCCACUCCGAAGCUCUCCGCCACUACAACGCAAUGCUUCACACCAAUGUCCGCCCCGAUAGCCACACCUUCCCUUCAGUGAUCAACGCCUGCGCCGCUCUGUGUGAUCUGGAAAUGGGGCUGGUUAUCCACCGCCGUGUUUCGGAGACCGGGUUUGGUACAGACUUGUAUGUAUGCAAUGCUUUAAUUGACAUGUACGCAAGACUUGGUGAGCUUGGUCAUGCACGCCAGGUGUUUGAUGAAAUGCGUGAGAGAGAUGUUGUGUCGUGGAAUAGUUUGAUAUCGGGGUACAGUUCGAAUGGAUAUUGGGAGGAAGCUUUGGAGAUGUUUUGGAGAUUGAGAAUGGAGGGGUUGGUACCAGAUUGUUUUUCGAUAUCCAGUGUCCUACCUGCGUGUGGAAGCCUGGUGGAUGUGAAAGAGGGUAGGCUAGUUCAUGGUCUGGUUGAGAAGAUUGGGGUGAAUGCAGAUGUUUUAGUAAGUAAUGGGAUUCUUGCAAUGUACUUUAAAUUUGGUUGGUGUAGAGAUGCUCGAAUUUUUUUUGAGGGGAUGGUAGUUAGGGACUGUGUUAGUUGGAAUACUGUGGUUUGUGGGUACUUGCAAUUGUGUUUAUUUGAUGAGGCGAUCAGUUUGUUCAGGGAAAUGAUAAAGGAAUUCACGCCUGAUUUGCUAACGAUUACAUCUGUGCUCCGUGCUUGUUCACAUUUACGGGACUUGGGACUGGCAAAAUAUGUUCAUGGCUACAUGAAAAGAAGUGGUUUUGAGUUUGAUACAAUGGCGAAUAAUAUAGCUAUUGAUAUGCAUGCAAAAUGCGGAAGUCUGUUAGCUUCACGGGAAGUAUUUGACUAUAUGGAAUGCAGAGAUUCAGUGUCGUGGAAUUCUAUGAUCAAUGGUUAUUUUCUUAAUGGCUGUUUUGAUGAAGGGUUUAAUCUCUUUAAGAUGAUGCGAAAUAACGAGAAACCUGAUUCUGUGAGUUGCGUGAUGAUCCUGUCUAUGUAUACUCAACUCGGACAGGUGGACCAGGGGAAAAUGAUCCACUGUGAUAUAGUGAAACUGGGAUUUGAUUCAGAUAUUGUUGUCAACAAUGUUCUUGUUGAUUUGUAUGCUAAAUGUGGUAAACUACAAGAUGCACUAAAAGUAUUUGACAGCAUGACAGCUCGUGAUAUUGUAACAUGGAAUAGUAUAAUUUCUGCAUGCUUUCACAAUGAAGACUGUAGUUUAGGUUUAAGAAUGGUUCUUAGAAUGAGAAAUGAGGGAGUGAUGCUUGAUGUGGCCACAAUGUUAGGUAUUUUACCAGUGUGUUCCUUACUUGCUGCCAAGCGAAAAGGACAAGAGAUCCAUGGCUGCAUUUUCAGGUUAGGAUAUCAUUCAGAUGUUCCGGUUGGGAAUGCACUAAUAGAAAUGUACUCUAGUUGUGGUAGCUUGGAAACUUCCAUACGAGUAUUUGAGCAAAUGUGUAUAAAGGAUGUGGUGACAUGGACUUCGUUGAUCUCUGCAUAUGGGACAUACGGAGAAGGUGAGAAAGCAUUGAUAGCUUUUCAAAAAAUGGAAGCCACUGGUGUUCUUCCUGAUCAUCUAGCUUUUCUGGCCAUCAUAUAUGCAUGUAGCCAUUCAGGUUUGGUAGAACAGGGUCUGGCUUACUUCGAUCGGAUGAAGAAACACUACAAUCUUGAGCCUCAGAUGGAGCACUAUGCAUGUGUAGUUGACCUCCUAUCCCGCUCUGGGCUAUUAGUUCAAGCCGAGAACUUUAUCCAUUCAAUGCCAAUAAAGGCAGAUGCAAGUAUCUGGGGAUCUUUACUUAGUGCUUGCCGUGAAGCUGGUGAAGAAGAGAUGGCCGGACGUGUCUCAGAGCAGAUAGUUGAAUUUAAUUCUUAUGACACAGGGUAUCAUGUUUUGGUAUCGAAUGUAUACGCAGCUCUAGGUAAGUGGGAUAAAGUGAGAAUGAUGAGGAAAUACAUGAAAGCUAAAGGGCUCAAAAAAGAUCCUGCAUUUAGCUGGAUGGAGAUUUAA